GUAAAGGGGAAGGGGAAGGGAAAGGUGAAGGGAAAAGGAAAGAAGGUUGCGGCAGCCCCUUUGGUCACCAAGAAACCCGCACCCCCCAAGAAGGUCCAGAACCCCCUUUUUGAGAAGAGGCCACGAAACUUUGGCAUUGGUGGAAACAUCCAGCCCAAGCGUGACUUGAGCCGCUUCUUGAAAUGGCCGAGGUACAUCCGUGUUCAGCGUCAGCGAUCUGUCCUCCUGAGGAGACUGAAGGUCCCACCCCCAAUCCAUCAAUUCAAGCAGCGUCUUGAUUCCCAGAAAGCAAGGGAACUGUUCAAGCUUCUGCAGAAGUACCGUCCUGAGAGCAAGCAGGCCAAAGUUGCCCGUCUGCGCAAGCGUGCCGAACUCCGUGCUGCUGGCAAGGAGGACGUGCCAACAAAGAGGAAGUUGAGCGUGCGCAUGGGAGUUAACACUAUAACCACUCUUGUGGAGCAGAAGAAGGCUCGUCUUGUGGUGAUUGCCUGUGAUGUUGACCCUAUUGAGAUUAUCCUGCACUUGCCAGCCCUAUGCCGCAAAAUGGGAGUUCCAUAUUGUAUUGUUGGAAACAAAUCUCGAAUGGGAAUGGUAGUUCGCAGGAAGAAUGCUACCUGCUUGGCACUCACUGAUGUGGAAGCCAAUGACCGUAACAACCUAAACAAGCUCAUUGAAGUAGUGAAGACCAACUACAAUGACCGGUAUGAGGAGAUUCGCAAGAACUGGGGUGGCGGCACCCUCAGUGCCAAGUCCAGGGCCAAGUUUGCGAAGGUUGAACGCGCAAGGGCCCGUGAGGUCAGAACUGUCUGAAUAAAGAGAUGACAAGUU